AUGAGACCCGAGGCGGCGGCGGGAGCCCGGGAGGCGCGGGGUCGCGCCUGUCCCUGCCCGGCGGACGGCCCCCGGAGGCCCCCUUCGCCACGCGGGCCCGAGAGCCCCACACCAUGGCGACCCUGGACCCUGACCCCCCGGGAUGCUGAGUGGACCGGAGCUGGCAGCCAGCUUGAGCCAGGGGGUGGCCAGCAAACUCCCGGAUCAAAGGGGGCCUUUGGGUUUCAGCAUCCUGUAAGACUUUAUUUGCCCAUUUCAAAGCGCCGAGAGUAUCUGCAGAGUUCCGGGGAGAAAGUGCUGGCCAGUUUCCCGGUGCAAGCCACCAUCCACUUCUACAACGACGACUCCGACUCCGACUCCGACUCCGAGGACGGGGAGCAGGAGGAGGCCCAGGGGCCGGGGGCAGAGAGCCCGGGAGACACGGAGCGUGGCCCAGGAGGAAGGGGCAGAGACCGGCCGGCACACCCCGCACCGCGAUCCGCAGGGCACGGGGGGCUCGGCGGGAAGGGUGGGCUCCCCCACGAUGACGCUCCCGGGGGUGCCGAGUGCUCCUCGUCCAAAUAA